AGGCUUAGCCUUUUUCGUACUUUACACGUGUGGAGCAAGAUCGCUACCUCCACGUGUCUAACAAAUUAUGCCUGCAAAGGGAAAGAAACCCCCACCAUCGACCGGAAAGGCUGAGAAAGCCGAGAAGAAAGAUAAGCCCGCGGCUUCAGCUCUAUUUGAGAAGAAGGAGCAAUCCCCCGGUGCAUCCAAAGCAGCAGACAAGAAGCAGUCAGUAAAGAAGGGUAAGGAUGCUCCGGCUCAAGCUAAAGCUCGAGCAAAGGCACUCGCCACACGCAAGAAGGUUGUUAAGGGAACCCACGGCACCCGUGUGAAGAAGAUUCAUACUUCGGUUCAGUUCCGUCGUCCCAAGACCCUGUCUCUGCCUCGUACCCCGAAGUACCCAAGAAAGAGUGUGCCUAGGAGAACACGCUUGGACCAGUUCUCCAUCAUAAAGCAUCCGCUUACGACCGAGUCGGCGAUGAAGAAGAUUGAAGACAACAACACUUUAGUCUUCGUCGUGCACCUUAGGUCAAACAAGAACCAGAUCAAGACUGCAGUGAAGAAGCUGUACGACAUCGACGUUGCAAAGGUGAACACGCUGGUGAGGCCCGACGGGCAGAAGAAAGCUUAUGUCCGGCUUGCAUCAGACUAUGACGCUUUGGAUGUGGCCAACAAGAUCGGCAUCAUCUAAACUUGUCAUCUGUCAUGGGUAAUAAAUGCUCUUUCACAAAUGUU